AUGUUAAAAGAUGUUGAAUCUAAAAAGACAAUUCAAGAUAUUAAUUUUUUAAAUUUUUUGGAAUUAAUUUUUCAUGGUAUUAUUAAAUAUUGCCACAGAUUUGGAAUUUUGAACCUGUAUAAAUCAUUAGAAAAUAAACAAGAGCCAAGGUUUGAAACUAUAGAGUGGAGUUCAUAUCCACAACUAAUGGAUUUUAUUUUUCCACAAUUCCCAUUGGAGGAUGGGAUGUUGACAGAUUAUCAGUUAUUUGGUUUUGACUUUUUAUUAAAAAGUGGAAGUUACUCGGAUAUUUUUAAGAGAAAAAUUGGUGAUUUAAUUUUAAUGAAUCAAAUAGGUCCUGGAUUUGGUGUUGGAUCUGGGUCUGGGUCUGGGUCUGGGGAAAUCCCAGGAGCUGGUGUUGGAUUGGGAUUUGGCGAAUCUGAACAAAUUUCUGGAGCUGGUGGUGGAACCGAACAAAUUUCUGGAGCUGGUGAUGAAACCGAACAAAUCUCUGGAGUUGGAGAUGGAGCUGUUUCAGACACCAAAGAUGAAAGUGAGUCUUCUUUAGAUCAGCCUUUAAUAAUGGAGAAACUUCCUAUUCAAAUAGAGAAUGAGGAAGAUGAUGAUUUCCCAUUAACAGUUGAAAUUCCAGGAAUAACUCCAGAACAGGAGAUAGUGGAUAAUUUGGAUUUAUAUUCAUUAUCAGAACAUGAUUUUUCUAGUAAUGUGAUUGCAUUCUCUGAGGAAUUAACAUCAUUGUUAUUACCAAAACAUGUAGAAGCAGCAAUGAAAUAUUUACAAGGGUGUAAUAUAAAAAUGUUAUUUAUAAUAAAUUCAAGAAUAGAAACCGUAAAGGAAUUAUUAAAUAGACUAAAUUUAAUGAAUAUAGGGAUAAAUGGUAUUGAAAGAGAACUUUUAAUGAAAGAUGCUAUUUCAAAUGUAUUAUUAGGUUUAUUAAAAAAAUUGCAAUCUUAUUUGGAAAAAUGUAGAAGCUUAAAUAAAUACAAAGUGGCAUGGAUUCAUAUAGCAGAACUUAAAGGAAAGAAAAAUUUAAUAUUAAAUUCAUUACACCCAUCAUUUAUAAAUAGUAGUGUUUUUCCAUUUUAUUGUGAUCAUAUCAAUUUAAGAGAUAUUUCAGAAUUCAUGAAAAAUAGUAGGUUAAAAUUAAAAAAUCUAAGACAAAGAUUAAAUAAAAUGAUUAAUUAUAAAGAAAAAUCUAGUUUAAAAAAAGAAAUAUCAAUAUUAAAGGUAUCAAUCAGAAGAAAUAAAACACUAUUAGAGAUAUGUGAGAAAUUUAUUGAUUUAAAACAUAAAAAUAAUGGAUUAUAUAAUAAAGUUUUAAAUGUUUUAAAUAAUUUUGAAUCAAAUAUGAAAUUAACUAAAAAUGAUAUUUAUAAAUUUCAUAAUAAAAUUGGCUCACAAUUAGUAAAGGGAACAAUAGAUGAAGAAGAAGAUCUGAAUGGUUUAUAUAGAAUUUACUUAAGUUUAGUUGAAGAUUUAAAUCGUUUAAAUAUUGAUGAAAUUAAAUUUUUAGCAAAAGAAGAAGGAUUAUCUACAGUAAAUUAUUUGGAAAAAAUGAUCGAUAAUUUGAAAAAAGAACAAAAGAAAGGUUUUAGAAAGGAAAGAAAGGAAGAAUAUAUUCCUCUAAAACCAAUAAAAACAGAGGGAAAAAAUAUGUACUUAAUGAAUAUUUUAACCUCUGAUCCAGAAAUUUUGGAUUCUUAUUCUUUAUAUUGUUCUUUUGUUAAACAGCCUCUAAAUUUAGAUGAAUUAAUUGUAAUUUCAGAUUAUGAUAAAACUAAAUUAAUGAUUUUACUCGCCCAAUUAAGUCAAAAUUCAUCAAAAGAUAAUCGGAGUAAUAUUAUUGAAGGAGCAACAGGUUAUGAUCCCGUAUUUGAAUUAGGUGGAUAUUAUCCUGGACUAAUUGAAGAUGAAAUUCCAAAUAUUGAAUAUGAAUAUUUAUUAAGAGAUAAAGAAGUAACAAAAAAAUACCUAAAUUACAUUAGUUUAGCCUCAGACCAUAAUUCCCCUCUGGAAUUGAUGGAUUUCAUUAAAAUUCCAGGAAACCGAGAAAAGGAUAAUCUUAUGAAAACUUUGGAUAUUGCAAUAAACUUAGCUAUUAAGGAGAAAGAUUCAGAUAAACUGCAAAAACAAAAGAAACCUAUAGAACGAAGCCCUGUAUCACCCCCAAAACAAUCUACUAGAAAAUCUCCAAUGAAACAGCCACUUUCUCCAAAUUGGCCAAUAUUAUUCCCAUUAACACCUCAAACUUCUACAGGGGGGAAGAUAACAGAUUUAGUUGUUAGACCAAAAGAACCAAAAGGACUUCCUCUUCUACCUUCUAUUCCAACAGGACAAAUUUCAAAACCAAAGUUGGUAACCCAAAACCAAGUAAACAUUGCAGAGAAUCUAAAGAGUGAUUUUGAAAUUUUUAAUAAAUACUUGGAUUACUCUUCUGUUACACGAAGUCCUUUAGGCUUAGAAGAUCUAAUAAUUUUUUCAAAUAAUCAUAGGAAUGAACUGAUCAAGAUUCUAGAUAAAGCAAUUUCUGAAGGAAAUAAAUCAACAGAAAAUUCCGAGUAUUCACGAAGUUCACCAAGAACUCCAUUCACACCAGGAAUACCAGUACCAGUGCCAUUACCUGCACCUGCACCUGCACCUGCAUCAGUACCGGUACCGUGGAAGCCACUAAAACCAUCAGCAGCCCCAUCUAUUGGUACAAAAACUCAACUAAGGUUUUCAGGUGGAAGGUUGGAUCAAAGUAGUGUAGAUCAAUCAAAAGUUUCAUUAGCUACUCUUGAAAAGCAUGCAGCGUUAGUUCAAAGUGGCUAUAAAGCUGAUUCUUUAAGUAAAUUACAAUUUUUACUCAAAGUAUCUAAAACGGAUUUAAAUCAUUUAAAAGCGUUGGAGAGAUUUGUAAAAGGACCAAUUGCAAGGUGUUCAACAAAUAGAUCAUCUUGUAACAAUUGUUUUGUAUGCAAUUCACGAAAAUCAAUUGAUAAAGAUAUUAAUAACAUGGAAAAAGUAAUUACUGCAUUACAAGCUUUAAUUGAAUAUUGUAUAAAAAACAUGAAAUGA